AUGGAGCUGUCAUCAGUCCUGAACACAGUCCAGGAAGACCUCAUCUGUCCCAUCUGCCUGUCUUACCUGACUGACCCAGUCACCACCAACUGUGGGCACAAUUUCUGUGAUGCCUGCAUCCAAGUGUUAUGGGAGACUCGCCAAACCACAUUACUUUGCCCUGUCUGCCGGUAUCCACAUGAGGAGAAGAAUCAUUUCCGUGCCAACCCUCAGAUGGAAAGGCUGGUUGACCUGGUCAAGUACCUGCACCUCUCCAGGACUGAGGAGACAAGGCAGGAAGAAGCAAACAUGUGUGAAACGCAUAACUUGGCCCUGACAUUAUUCUGCGAAGAUGAUCAAGAGCUGGUGUGCCUCAUGUGCAGCUUCAUCAAUCCCCACAAGAACCACAAUGUGAGGUCCGUGGAGAAGGCUGCCUCCUAUCAUAGAGAAAAACUCUUCCUCUACAUCAAGGCCCUGAAGAAGCAGAUCACAGAAAGUAAGACAUUAUUAUCCACCGUAGAAAAAAAUCUGCUAGAACUGAAAGAGCAGAUUGGAAAGCAUAGAAAUCGGUUAACCUCUGAUUUUGACUUCCUGCAUCUGCUUGUCAAACGCGUGCAAAUGGCGACCUUCUCCAGAUUGGAAGAAGAAGACAGUGAUUUUCAACAGAAAUUCAAAAUCAAUGUUGCUGAAAUUUCCGAUUAUAUUUCCACCGUAAAAAGUCUACGGGAGGAGUUGGCAGAAAAGAGUGUGAUGUCCAAGGGGAAUAUACUGAGAGAGGUCAAGAGUAUCAAGUACAGGUGUGCAAGACUGGAGAGCCCAUCUUUAUGGUCCAUCGAGUUCAAGAAGGAAGGCUAUUCUCUUCCUCCACUGUACUCAGAACUGCAAAACAUCAUUCAGAAGUUCCAAGAAGAAGUGACUCUGGACCCCAAAACAGCACACCCUAGUCUGUGUGUGUCUGAAGAUGGAAAGACUGUUAACUAUGUGCGAGAAAGAUCAAAAGAUGGUGGGAAACUGAGAGAGUCCGAUGAUGCAGUGGUCCUGGGCUCUGAAGGAUACAGUUCUGGCCGACAUUACUGGGAGGUGAAGGUGGGUAACAAGACCGAGUGGGCCGUGGGGGUGUGCUCAGACACCCCUUCCAGCAAUGAGCAGCCUCCCCUGUUGGGUCAGAAGAGAUCUUGGACAAUCCAGCUACAGGAUGGCAACUACUUGGCUGGAGGCUCUGUACCUGUCCUUGUCUCUGUGAAGAGCAAACCCCAAAAGAUUGGCAUUUACCUGGACUAUGAAUUAGGCCAGAUUUCCUUCUAUGAUGCUAGAGACAGGUCUCAUAUCCAUUCUUUAAUUGAGACAUUUUCUGAUGUACUAAAGCCUUAUUUCUGGGUGGGUUGGGAUUCUAAGCCUCUUAUACUGUGUGAAGUAGAGAUUGUAUAG